AUGAAGUCGAUAGUCGGUAGCAUGAUCCAGACCCCUUUCGAGAAAUCAGAAGCGACAGAGAGCUUCCAAGGGAAAGUUAGGGUCAUGAUGACAUGGGAAUACCAGUACUAUGUUUUUCCUGGGUCCGCAUGGACAAAAGAAGUUUCAGUGAUAUCGAGUAAUGACUUGCAAGAGUGGGGUACGAUGAAGUUGAUCUAUCAAACAUAUCGAGGCAAAGACUAUUGGGAUAUUGGGAAGCUAGCGCUAGGUAAGCAGCGAAUGAAGUUCAGCUUCAAAGUAAAGGAACAAACAGGAAAGAAAACCAGGUUCAAAUUCUCCUUCGCCUACAAGAGAGACGUGGACAAGCCUGGUAUCGCGACCGGUCUUGUAUCGAGUCAAUCCGGAUUUACGAACGCCGGGAAAUUGGAGAUGAGAUUUCAUGAGCUAAGGUGGCUGGAUUUUCGUCCUACCCUGAAUAGGUAUCUGAUGUCCAGAGGGUUGGGUAUGGAGGGGAACCAGUUCUACGACCGGCUGGGAGAAGGUAGAGUGGCGUUCUAUAGCGCCCUGCAAACACCGACGAAACUUAGGGAGCAUAGCGUUAUUUUAGGAGUCGUCUUCUUCAUCGCAAGUGAUUUCUGUAACUUCUUUUGUGACGUUAUGGAGCUUGGGGUUCAGUCUAAUGGAUGCUGGUAUGUUGAGAAUAUUAGGAGUAUCUUAUGUGGCUGUGACCUGGAGCCCAAUGCGCCGACAGUGUGGACCGAAGAUCAGUCAACUUUCUGGGCAUGCUUGACCAUCUUCUCAACCAAAGCGCCUUACUCUCCCUUGCCCUGCAACCUUUUGAGAACUGCCGGGGAUUUGUGCCUUCAUGUCAACGACGCAUUCCAGGUCUAUAGUAUUGAUAUGUUGGCCAUCUCAGCUUUCCCCCGAAGGCAUCAGAUCAGAGUACUAGGCGCGAUUUAUCCCGGAUUGCCGAAAGAUGCUCAAAGCAGGGCCUCCAUACUCGGAAGGAUCUUAAAGUCAAUUGGAAAAUCUGGGGUACACAAUGCUGUCCCUUUCACCUCUCUAAACCAGCACCCUGAAUUGAAACGCCAUGAGGCUAAGUACCUACCUGAGGGCCCCACCACAUCCAACAACCAAGGAUGGCUUAUCUUGAUCGCUGGGCGCGGCGGCAAGGCGGGAACAGGGCGGUGCUCCUGCGCGAAUAAACUUGUCCCGAAUGGGUUUCUUGGGAAUGAGUUCGUUAGGAAUGGUCUCGACGGAAACGAGAAUGGACUCGGCAACAAUGAACUUGUUGGCCAUAGUGAUGCAACGCCCUCAGAAACGGGGUCAUUUGAGCUUGCUCGUCGAUAUAGGAGCAGAGUGAGUUGUAUUCAGAGGUUACUUCCGGCACAGCAGAGUGUGGUGGCACGUGAGAUUUGGGCAGCAAGAGCAGGUCUCUAUAUCUAUCUACACCGCACCUUCGAAGGGGGUUUGACUGCCUCGAGUUCGCGAAAAUGA